CAAUUCUCUUUCGGAAGCUGAUCAAGGGACAUGUACUUCGAGCAGACGAGCAUGUCGAGACACAUAUAUCAAACUGUGAGGAACCAGAGAGAACAUCCGCUGCAAGACUUGAACGAACAGAUUCAACGCAGAAAAUAAGUCAGCGGACGUGAGAAUUUGAUGUGCACUCUUCUCGUUCUACCCACGUGUCACUGGCCAUAGCUCAGCUGGGCGAACAGAUAGGAUUGGAUUCCCCGUCCCGCUCACAGGCCAUCUGCCCAUCUCGUCCGCCCCGGCAGUCCCGCACCCUCGCGUCAUGAGCGCCUCCUCCUCCUCCGGCUGCCUCGCCCGGCCUGAAGCGGCCAAGGGGAGAUGACCCCGCUUCGUCUUCCGGCCACUCCGCCCCCGCCAAAAAUCCUCGCCGCGCCUUCUCCUCCUCCCUCUUCGCCGACUUCGGGAGCCGCGAAGAACAGCAAGCUCGCCGCGCCCGCGGAGGUUGUCGGCAGCGUAUUUGCCGGCGUCGACGGCUUCACCGUGCCCUCUAGCCAGAUAAGGCACCAAAAGAUUGCUGCUCCUCGGGGUCGCAAGAUGGGUGCCGUGGAUGCCGCCGGCGGGGGCGAGGUGGACGUGUUCGACGCCGGCCGGUGUGCCGACGGGUACGCGCUGGGGCUCGCCGUGGGGCGGCGGUUCGGCGAGGCCAUCCGGAGCAGGAUGCGCGGCGACGCCGUGCUGCGGCAGCAGCUGCUCCCGUUCGCGGCAACGGCGCCGGGGCGGCCGCUCGUCGAUGCGCUCCGGGACGCCAACCGCGCGAGGUACCCGCGGUACUGGGACGAGCUGGUGGGGACGGCCGACGGCAGCGGGGUCCCACUCCUACAUGUAAUUUUGGUCAACUUCAGGAAGGAGAUCCUGCCGUUCAUCACCAAUGAGGAUCAUCACCACGACGAGGAAGAAGCCGACGACGACUGCUCGGACGUGCUGCUCGUCAGCGAGUCGACGGCGAUCGCCGGACACAACGAGGACGCCAACGUCGCGCUGCUCGGCCACACGUACGUGGUGAAGGCCACGUCGCCGGACGGCUCGUCGUCGUUCACCGCCUACACCUACGCCGGCGAGCUCCCGACCUGCGCCUUCGGCUUCAACAGCAAUGGCGUGGCGUUCACCCUCGACUCUGUCCCGCCGGCGCGCGGCGAGGUCGUUGCCGGCGCCAUCGCCCGGAACUUCGUGUCGCGCGACCUCCUCGAAGCGACGAGCCUCGACGACGCCAUGAACACGGUGACCUCGCCGGACAUGUCGGUCGGCCACAGCUACAACCUGAUGGACGUCCGGCGGCGGCGGAUCGUCAACGUCGAGACCGCCUCCGGCAACCGCUUCUCCGUGCGCGAGGCCGGCGCGGCGCCCUUCUUCCACGCCAACAUGUACCGCCAUCUCCAGGUGGAGCAGGUUCACGACGAGAACUCCAUGGCCAGGGAGAGGAGAGCGGCGGAGUGGUCGCCGGACUCCAAGGAGAAGGCGCUCUCGCUGCUCGGCGACACGGCUGACGGCAAGUACCCGAUCUACAUGACCGGCCCAACGCUGUACACCCUGUGCACCGUCUUGGUUGAUCUCGACGAGGAGACGAUGACCAUCUACAAGGGGAACCCGAUGAACCGAGACGCAGUUCGAGUGUUCCGUAUGCUGUGAAAACUAGCAAAAUAGAUGAGCUUGUUAGUUCUUCAAGUGAGAGAAUUGGCAAAGCAUACCCGAUUCCUAUUUGUAAGUUGUAACUCAAAGAUGGGUCCGGAUUCUAACAGAGGAUCGUUGUUCAUGUGAGUUGCGCAGUGAAAAAAAAUUCCGUGCACAAAUGUUGUAGCCACAGUCACUGCAGCACCGUAGCAAUCAGAUCUGAUCCAUUCAUGUCUGAUUCAACGAUUAAAAAUCAGUACAAAUUCACUGUACUGUUUAUCUCUGUAAUAGUACAUGCUACAGAGGAUCCCAGCUCUUCGGGUUCAUAGCUUCAGAUUUUGUACACUCUAGGUGCCAUUUCAGAUUUUCAGUCAGUCGAAAAUUUGUUACAUGACCAUUCAUUUUUAUUUCUCUCAGUUUAAAUUUGGGGUGA